ACGUAACUUGCCUGGCGACAUUCCAGGUGGGACAAGCAAGGGAGUGACGGGCUGGCAACGUUCCAGAUAGUACAAGCAGAGGACAAAAUCGGAAUAAGUGAUAGAUAAUUUAUUUAAUUUAUAAGGUACAUCUGCAAGAGGCAAUUUCGUCUUUGCGAAGGACUACAAUAGCCACAAAUACGUUGACCACACUGGAAGAUGACGGUGAGGACGCAAUGUUGUAGGCUAUCACACCAGGAGAUGACGCGACGAUAGCCAACUCAGAAUUUCUCAGUUGGGAUGGAGGGGGAAAGCAAGAGUGACAAUGACAAUCGACCUGAAACAACACAAGCCAGAUUAGAUAGCCCGCCAGAAGACACCAGGACAUCAGCUUAAUUACCGACGACCAUGUCUUUCACUCGUUCGUGUUGCUGCGGUCAACACUCUGUUGAAAUGGACACUGCAGAGAUCAGUGAGACGGGCGAUCUGUCGGUGGGGAGUCAGAGGGAGCAUGCCAGCGACUCAACAGAGAGUUCUAGUUCAGAAUCAGAGGGAAAAAGCAAGAGUGACAAUGACAAUCGACCUGAAACAACACAAGCUAGAUCAGAUAGCCUGCCAGAAGACACCAGGACAUCAUAUGUGUCUUCAGAGGCCUUGUGCACGGCAGCAAGCGACAUGAAAAGAGUGUGUACUUCUAACACAUCUAGUCAACAGUGGUUUGACCGUGAAUGUGAGCUACUCAAAAAGGAAAGAUGUGAACACUCUGUUGAAAUGGACACUGCAGAGAUCAGUGAGACGGGCGAUCUGUCGGCGGGGAUCAUAUCUAAAGGAAGUCAGAGGGAGCAUGCCAGCGACUCAACAGAGAGUUCUAGUUCAGAAUCAGAGUUGGAGAGGGAAAAGGAACGUCUCCUCGCUGAAGAUAAGCGCCUGACUAGAUCCCACAGAAAACAACAACUCCGGGCUGAAAUCAAUGAGCUACAAGCUUCAGUAGAGGAUAAAAAGGUCAAGAAACAGAAUGUCUCAGUUAGGAUGGAGGGGAAAAGCAAGAGUGACAAUGACAAACGACCUGAAACAACACAAGCCAGAUUAGAUAGCCUGCCAGAAGACACCAGGACAUCAUAUGUUUCUUCAGGUCAACACUCUGUUGAAAUGGACACUGCAGAGAUCAGUGAGACGGGCGAUCUGUCGGCGGGGAUCAUAUCUAAAGGAAGUCAGAGGGAGCAUGCCAGCGACUCAACAGAGAGUUCUAGUUCAGAAUCAGAGUUGGAGAGGGAAAAGGAACGUCUUCUCGCAGAAGAGAAGCGCCUGACUAGAUCCCACAGAAAACAACAACUCCGAGCUGAAGUCAAUGAGCUAAAAGCUUCAGUAGAGGAUAAAAAGGUCCAGAAACAGAAUUUCUCAGUUGGGAUGGAGGGGAAGAGCAAGAGUGACAAUGACAAUCGACCUGAAACAACACAAGCCAGAUUAGAUAGCCCGCCAGAAGACACCAGGCCAUCAUAUGUUUCUUCAGUUACUGGUAUGAGUGGCGGAAAUGCAGAGAACUGUAACAUUACUGGUCAGAGCAUACAGGAAUAUCACCUGGUUGAGACGCAAAAUGUAUUCAAUCGAGCGACCCCUGCAGGAACUGUUGAUGAAGGCGGAGUCCCUCAAGCCGUUACUCAGAAUAUUGGUACGCAGAACGUAUUUCCUGGACCGACCCCUGCAGGGACUGUUGGUGAAGCUACCCUUGUCCUACAAAUAAGAGCCGCAGAAGAAGUCUUUGUUGAAGCAGAAGCCUUCAGAACUGCCAAAAUAAAGCUGAAGGAAUUUGGCCAUGUCACCAUCUGUGGUGCUUCAGGAGAAGGGAAAACCACGACAGCUCUUAUGUUGGGUUCACAAUACAGAAGAAACGGGUACAAGCUUGCUUUUGUGGACAGGAUUGAUCAAUUUGACUUGGAUAGCUUCUUGAGGUCAGCACCUAGAGUAUUUCUGAUCAUAGAUGAUAUGUUUGGAUCGGUUGGACUAUCUACAGAUGUUUCCCAGCUGAAACCCUGUCUGAGUAAGCUUGUUCUUCACUUACAGCGAUGCAAGAAGGCUUUAGGGAAACAACAUUCACUCAGAAAUCAUCCAGCUAAGAAAGGAGGAGAAAAGGAGAGUACUGGAGCUUCGGACCCAGCACAACUACCUUCGAAGGAUAUCCGUGUUGUGUUUACCUCCAAGACCUACAACUUCCAAGUUGGGCUUGAUCAGAUGCAGUAUGAGGGGUUCUCGUUGUUCAAGGGACAAACAGUGGUGGAUAUAACAACACAAACGAAACACAGAUAUACUCAAGUAGAGAAGAAAGCAAUAUUUGAGAAACACAGAAACCUCCACAAUGAAAAUGACACAGAUUAUGAAGACAUGCUACAAGGCGACCUGUGGGAUGCCGAUUCUGUGUUUGGAUUUCCACUUACUUGUAAAAUAUUUUUUGAAAAUCCAUCCUUUUCCAGACAUAAAAUGAACUUUUUCAAGGAACCACUGUUUUAUCUUAGAUUAGAACUUAAAAGCUUACUGGCAUCAAAAACUGAUCGAUCAGCCAUAUUGGUUCUUAUGCUACUGUGUGAGGAGAAGUUAGAUUUGGCAAAGCUGGAAUCAGCAGGAAAGGACCAGGUACUGGACAAUAUGAUUAGAAAUGUGUUAGAAUUGUUCCCAAUAGCUUCAUGUGCAGGAAUGUACGAAGCAUCAAAGAGCUUCAGAGGAACAUACUUCACACAUGGCGAUACCGUUGGAUUUGCCCACUCUUCGAUCCAUGAUGCCUGUGCUUGUGCGUUGUACAAGAUCAGUCCAACAUUUGUGCUGACUCACUGCAGUGACAACUUCAUAUAUGAGAGAGUGCAACCCCAGCCAGCACCAGCAACUGAGAUUGAUGAACACCUUCAUGUCAUCUACAUCUCAGAAAGUUACUAUGACAUUCUAACCACACGGUUUGCAAAGUCAAUAAAAGAUGGGCAUUUUUCCAAAUCAGUGACACACCCCAUUCUCCAACAAGACCAAAUAGUUCUUCAACUUCUUGAAAAACUUCAACCUGAUGAAUCCAUUGAAGAAAGUUGGUUUCACAAAAGAGAAAUGGGCCAGAGUUUCCUUUUCUGGACUGUACUUGGACAUAGUUCAAAGUUUCCCAAAUAUAUAGAAAAGAAAACUGGUGAAGAAUUUACGCAAAUAGAAAUCAUAGAAUCCUUUGCAGGUUGUGUUUUUAAAAACAACGUGGCAUUGUUAAAGUGGCUUUUCUCUAGAUGUUCACAUCAAGUCGUUGGUGUCACCAUUAAUAGCCUGCUUUUGCUGUCUGCUAGCCAUGGAAGUUCUGAAACACUUCUUUAUCUAUUAGAAGAAGGUGGCGAUACAGUCACUACUGCUGAAAAUUACAAAACCAUCAUACAUAAAGCGUGCAGGACAGGACAGCAGAAGAUACUAAAUUUGUUAAAAGAACACAAUAGCGACCUCUUUCAGACUGUUGUAAUGAACUCUGUAGAUGAUGAAGGCAAAACUCCACUCAUGGAAGCAGCACAGGCAGGAUCAAAUGGCUGUUACAAGAUUUUGAAAUCAAUGUCAAAGAAGAACAUUAGGGACAAGUCCGGGAAUGCAAUAGUACACUGUGCAUGUUUAGGUGGUAACAUUGCUACAGUACGAGAUAUCCUGUCAUCUUCUAACAUCAAUAGCAGAGGACAGUAUGGACGUACACCAGUCAUGGUAGCAGCUUGCCAAGGGCACAAAAGUGUAUUUGAUCUCCUCAGGUCAAAGAAGGCUGACCUGACGCUGGUGGAUGACCAUGGUAAUGGCUUACUUCAUCAUGCCUGUAUUGGAGGUAACACAGAUAUAGCACAACAUGCUGUGUCACCUUCUAACAGAAAUACUAGAGGACAGGAUGGACAUACACCAGUCAUGGUAGCAGCUUGUCAUGGACACCAAAGUGUGUUUGAUCUCCUCGUGUCAAAGAAGGCUGACCUGACACUGAUGGAUGACCCUGGUGACAGUUUACUUCAUCAUGCCUGUAUUGGAGGUAACACAGUUAUAGUACAACAUGUGUUGUCACCUUCUAACAUCAAUACUAGAGGACAAGGUGGACAUACACCUGUCAUGGUAGCAGCUUGUCAAGGGCACAAAAGUGUAUUUGAUCUCCUCAGGUCAAAGAAGGCUGACCUGACGCUGGUGGAUGACCAUGGUAAUGGCUUACUUCAUCAUGCCUGUAUUGGAGGUAACACAGAUAUAGCACAAAUUGCUGUGUCACCUUCUAACAGCAAUACUAGAGGACAAGAUGGACAUACACCAGUCAUGGCAACAGCUUGUCAUGGACACCAAAGUGUGUUUGAUCUCCUCGUAUCAAGGAAGGCUGACCUGACACUGCUGGAUGACCAUGGUGAUAGUUUACUUCAUCAUGCCUGUGAGGGUGGUAACACAGCUAUAGUACAACAUGUGUUGUCACCUUCUAACAUCAAUACUAGAGGACAAGAUGGACAUACACCUGUCAUGGUAGCAGCUUGUCAAGGGCACGAAAGUGUAUUUGAUCUCCUCGUGCCAAAGAAAGCUGACCUGACGCUGGUGGAUGACCAUGAAGACAGUUUACUUCAUCACGCCUGCCGUGGUGGUAACACAGCUAUAGUACAACAUGCGGUGUCACCUUCUAACAUCAAUACUGGUGGACAGCAUGGACUUACACCAGUCAUGAUAGCAGCUGGUCACGGACACCAAAGUGUGUUUGAUCUCCUCGUGUCAGAGAAGGCUGACCUGACACUGGACGAUGGCCAUGGUAAUAGUUUACUUCAUCUUGCCUGUAAAGGUGGUAACACAGCUAUAGUACAACAUGUGUUGUCACCUUCUAACAUCAAUACUAGAGGACAAGAUGGACUUACACCAGUCAUGAUAGCAGCUGGUCACGGACACCAAAGUGUGUUUGAUCUCCUCGUGUCAGAGAAGGCUGACCUGACACUGGUGGAUGACCAUGGUAAUAGUUUACUUCGUCUUGCCAGUGAUUGUGGUAACACAGCUAUAGUACAACUUGUCUUGUCACCUUCUAACAUCAAUACUAGAGGAAAGUAUGGAUUUACACCUGUCAUGGUAGCAGCAGCAGCUGGACACCAAAGUGUGUUUGAUCUCCUCGUGUCAGAGAAGGCUGACCUGACACUGGUGGAUGACUAUGGUAUUAGUUUAUUUCGUCGUGCCUGUGAUGGUGGUAACACAGCUAUAGUACAACAUGUCUUUUCCUCUUCUGACAUCAAUACUAGAGGACCGAAUGGAGAUACACCAGUCAUGAUAGCAGCUAGUCUAGGAUACCAAAGGCUGUUUGAUCUCCUUGUAUCAAAGAAGGCUGACCUGACACUGGUGGAUGACCAUGGUAAUAACUUACUUCAUCGUGCCUGUAAUGGAGGUAACACAGCUAUAGUACAACAUGUGUUGUCCCCUUUUAACAUCAAUACUAGAGGACAGUUUCGAGAUACACCUGUCAUGGUAGCAGCUCGUAGAGGGCACAAAAGUGUGUUUGAUCUCCUUGUGUCAAAGAAGGCUGACCUGACACUGAUGGAUGACCAAGGAGACAGUUUACUUCAUCUUGCCUGUGAUGGCGGUAACACAGCUAUAGUACAACAUGUGUUGUCACCUUCUAACAUCAAUACUAGAGGGCGUUAUGGGUAUACACCUGUAAUGAAAGCAGCAGAAGCCGGACAAAUACGUUUGUUUGAUAUAGUAUCAGCGACGGCUGACCUGACACUGAUGGAUGACUAUGGUAAUAGCUUACUCCAUCAUGCCUGUGAUGGUGGUAACACAGCUAUAGUACAACAUGUGUUGUCCCCUUCUAACAUCAAUACCAGAGGCCAUGUUGGACGUACACCUGUCAUUGUAGCAGCUUGUAAAGGGCACAAAAGUGUGUUUGAUCUCCUUGUAUCAAAGAAAGCUGACCUGACACUGGUGGAUGGCGAUUGUAAUAGCUUACUUCAUCUUGCCUGUGUUGGUGGUAACACAGCUAUAGUACAGCAUUUGGUGUCACCUUCUAACAUCAAUACUAGAGGACAGUAUGGACACACACCAGUCAUGGUAGCAGCUGGUAAAGGACACCAACGUGUGUUUGAUCUCCUCGUAUCAAAGAAGGCUGACCUGACACUGGUGGAUGGCGAUUGUAAUAGCUUACUUCAUCUUGCCUGUGCUGGUGGUAACACAGCUAUAGUACAGCAUUUGGUGUCCCCUUCUAACAUCAAUACUAGAGGAGCGUAUAGACUUACACCAGUCAUGGUAGCAGCCUGUGAAGGGCACAAAAGUGUGUUUGAUCUCCUUGUGUCAAAGAAGGCUGACCUGUCACUGAUGGAUGACCAUGGAGACAGCUUACUUCAUCUUGCCUGUGCUGGUGGUAACACAGCUAUAGUACAACAUGUUGUGUCAUCUUCUAACAUCAAUACUAGAGGACAGUAUAGACUUACACCAGUCAUGGUAGCAGCCUGUAAAGGGCACAAAAGUGUGUUUGAUCUCCUUGUGUCAAAGAAGGCUGACCUGUCACUGGUGGAUGACCAAGGAGACAGUUUACUUCAUCAUGCCUGUGUUGGUGGUAACACAGCUAUAGUACAACAUUGUUGUCCCCUUCUAACAUCAAUACCAGAGGCCAUGUUGGACGUACACCUGUCAUGGUAGCAGCUUGUAAAGGGCACAAAAGUGUGUUUGAUCUCCUCGUGUCAAAGAAGGCUGACCUGUCACUGAUGGAUGACCAUGGAGACAGCUUACUUCAUCUUGCCUGUGCUGGUGGUAACACAGCUAUAGUACAGCAUUUGGUGUCCCCUUCUAACAUCAAUACUAGAGGACAGUAUAGACUUACACCAGUCAUGGUAGCAGCAUCUAAAGGACACCAAAGUGUGUUUGAUCUCCUUAUGUCAAAGAAGGCUGACCUGACACUGAUGGAUGACCAUGGUAAUAGCUUACUUUAUCUUGCCAUGGUUGGUGGUAACACAGCUAUAGUGCAACACGUCUGUCCCCUUCUAACAUCAAUACUAGAGGACAGUAUAGACUUACACCAGUCAUGGUAGCAGCCUGUAAAGGGCACAAAAGUGUGUUUGAUCUCCUUGUGUCAAAGAAGGCUGACCUGUCACUGAUGGAUGACCAUUGAGACAGCUUACUUCAUCUUGCCUGUGCUGGUGGUAACACAGCUAUAGUACAACAUGUUGUGUCAUCUUCUGACAUCAAUACUAGAGGACAGUAUAGACUUACACCAGUCAUGGUAGCAGCCUGUAAAGGGCACAAAAGUGUGUUUGAUCUCCUUGUGUCAAAGAAGGCUGACCUGUCACUGGUGGAUGACCAAGGAGACAGUUUACUUCAUCAUGCCUGUGAUGGUGGUAACACAGCUAUAGUACAACACGUUGUCCCCUUCUAACAUCAAUACCAGAGGCCAUGUUGGACGUACACCUGUCAUGGUAGCAGCUUGUAAAGGGCACAAAAGUGUGUUUGAUCUCCUCGUGUCAAAGAAGGCUGACCUGACACUGGUGGAUGGCGAUUGUAAUAGCUUACUUCAUCUUGCUUGUGCUGGUGGUAACACAGCUAUAGUACAGCAUUUGGUGUCACCUUCUAACAUCAAUACUACAGGACAGUAUGGACACACACCAGUCAUGGUAGCAGCUGGUAAAGGACACCAACGUGUGUUUGAUCUCCUCGUAUCACAGAAGGCUGACUUGACACUGCGGGAUGACCAUGGUAAUAGUUUACUUCAUCAUGCCUGUAAUGGAGGUAACACGGCUAGAGUACAACAUGUCUUGUCACCCUCCAACAUCAACUUAGGUGGACAAAGUGGUUUGACUCCAAUUGUGUUCGCAGCUCUUCGAGGCCAUCAAAGAGUGUUUGACCUCCUGGUGUCUAGGAAUGCUGACCUGACACAGUGGAUAGCAAUUGUGAUAGUUCGCUUCGUCCUGCCUAACGUGAGGUCAAGACAACAAUAGUAUGGCUGCCCGUACCACCUACGUAUGGUGGUAGAUCAAGGAAUAAAAGCUGCUCACAUUACAUAAUGAACCUUUAUUCUAGCGCAUGUUUUCAAAGCAGAAAACCUGUCAAAUAUACGUUUUAGCUGUAGACAGGCGCCAGAGCAACAUGUUGCUCCCAGCAUUCGGUCUAUUAGUAUAUCAUAUCCACUUGUGUUUAUGAAACGCUAUGAAGGUUUACACGAAAAGGCAGUUCCCGUCACAGUACCACCCACCCCAACACACACGCAUGCACGCACGCACGCACGCA